AUGGACCCCGAUGUCUGCCGGAACUGUGGCCACAGCGGCAAGCACAUCGAUUUCCAGGACUUCCGAUGCGCAAUCACGGAGCGUGAUGACGCCGAGCGCGACAAGCUCCAGGCCGACGCGGCCCUUGAGCGGGCGCGCCAGCUAUGCGAGUCGUCGCUGUCGCUCAUGAAGAGGCAGAUGCAAGAGCUCGAGGACGCCAACGCCGCCAUCGAGGCGCUAUCUCGCGCACUAACUGCCGCGGAAGAUCGGAGAGAGCGUAUCCGUCGCGAUCUCGGCACGCACGGUGAUGUCUGUCUCACUGCGAGGUCGAAUCUGGAGGCGGCGGAGGAGAUGGCCAUCUCGGCUGCUGGGAAGUACUUCGAGGCUGGGCGGGCUGUGACCGCGCUAGAGGAGAGGGAACAGCUCUCGCCUAACGUACGAAUCGAAGAGGCGCCGCCGAUGGAGGAGUUGGACGACGGAGAGGAGGUACGGGAGCCCAACGACCGGAAAUGGCAGAGGUCGAAUGAGCGCUUCUGCAAGUGGCUGAGGCAGUCGGAGGCGCAGCGGCAGAUCAUGAAGUCUUCGUGGACGAAGCUGAGAGUCGCAGAAAGGCUGGCCAGCGAGAGCGUCGACGACGAGGAGCUCGCAAGGCGGAAUAGAGUCCAGGAAUGGACGGCGGCGCGGCGGCUCACCGACCAGCUCCCUCCCGAGGAAGAUCCCACGCUGGAGACGGAGUAUCUUGAGUCGGAACCUACAGAGUCUGCAAAAGCAAGCUCCGGCCCCGGCACCAGCUCCCUCUCCGUCAAAGACUGCUCCCACACGCCGUGCACCAGCUUCGAGGACAAGGGCAAAAACAAGCAAGGGGGCCACCACAGCACAAGCGACCCCACCAACCCCCGCAGCCGGCCGGCCACUACGGACUGCGCGAAGGGUGGAGAGCCAGACUCGGUCAGAGCCGAUGAGACCGAUGACGACGAGGGUGAAGAAGGAGACUAA